AUGAGAAGACAUAUAUUAGGUACCUUGCUAAUUGCAAUUUUACUGAUCAACUCUGUCUAGUCAAGAUGGUUCUGGGGCAAGUGUCCUCAAUUCGGAUUAGAAGAAAGCUUUAAUCUGACAAAAUAUCAAGGCUAGUGGUUCGAAUAAGCCAGAGAUAAGGCAACUUUCUAUGAAGCUCAUGAUUGUGUGCAUGGUCGCUAUAAAGUAGACGCAAAAGGUAUGCUCAGAAUUUCAAAUGUAUAAUAUGAUUUAACUAAGAAAGAGCACUCUCUAUCUGAAGGUAGAGCUAUUUGUGCAGGAGCACUUUGCUACAGUAAAUUCCAUAAUGUCAUGGAUAUAUUUGGAGAUUACUAAGUCCUUUCUACAGAUUACAACAAAUACGCUUUAGUGUACACCUGUACUAACUUCCUGGAUGCUUUUAGUCAGGAUUAUGUUUGGAUACUCACAAGAGAUGCCGUAGUCGAAAAAGAAUAUUUAUAAGGUUUACACGACACUCUUUGGGAUAAGCAUCCUGAAUACGAUGCCAAAAACUUCUAUUACACCAGACAAGGUGGCCUCUGUGACUAUACUGUUUGA